AUGGUUAAUGGCAGAUCAGGGAAUGGUGGGGUGAACGGCGGUGGUGUUGGAUGUUGUCCAACCGCAUGGCGAGGUCAACAUACACGGGGUGAUAAAAAAAGGCCAACUUUGGUAUUACAAGCUGUUGCGUCAUACGACCUUUGGGUUUGGUCAGCCUUCUUUGGUGUAGCCGGGUGUUUUAAUGAUAUUAAUACGUUAGAGGCUUCACCAUUAAUAGAGGGCUACAUUUCUGGAACUAUACCAAAGGUCGGUUUUCAUGCAAACGGGAACGACUACGAGCAUGGCUACUACUUGGGCGAUGGUAUCUACCCAGAGUAUUCGAUUAUUGUUAAAACGUUUUCUGAAACGUUCGAUGAAAAAAGAAAGUAUUUUAAAAAAUUACAACAGUCUUCGAGAAAGGAUAUCGAGAGGUGUUUUGGGGUUCUACAGCAACGAUGGCAUUUUCUAAGAAAUCCUUGUCGCAUGUGGCAUAAGGAUAGAAUACGAAUGACCAUGUAUGCUUGCAUCAUUUUGCAUAAUAUGAUCAUUGAGGAUGAUGGAAGAGCGAUAUGCCAAAACUAUAUUCCGGAAGAUUUAGUCGAAGGAACCCAAGCAACAAUGGAAGAGAGACUCGCAAAUGCUCAGCUAUUGCGAUCUAGAGAAAUACAUAACACGUUGAAGGCGGAUUUGGUUGAGCAUGCUUGGGCGAUUCGCCCAAUUCGAUACAACAGUGACUACGAAGAAGAUUCCGAGGAAGAAGAGGUUGAGGAAUUCGAAGACGGGAACUUUGAAGACGUAGGUUUGGAUGCUGGAGAAAACGAAGAGGAAGAAGGAGAGAACGAAAAUGAAGCCGAAGAAUAA